AUGACGGCCCCUCCCCCCGCCCCCAUUCCUGUCCCUGGUCCAGGCGACCUCGACAGCCCUCCAUCCACAAACCUCCCUCUCCCCCCUGCACCCUCUAUCCCAACCCAAGUUCCUGUGCAAGUGGACGAGGAAAAGCCCAAAGUCAAGGCCUAUGUCGGUACGGGUACACCACCGCCUGAUGUUGGAUCAUUAGUGCCUGAGGAAGGGGGGGAUGCUGUGUUGGCUAGGGCGGCGAGGGGGGCGACGGCGAUGGCGAACCAGGUUGCCGGACAUGCCGGCGUCAUGGUUGACGAGAGUGGCAGUCUUGUCAUUAAGCCCGCCCUGCCUCGCGAGAUCGCAUUCUACCAGCUCGCACAGUCUUCGCCUCGCACGGCCCCGAUCUCGGGCCUCAAGCCCUUCCUCCCCAAGUUCUACGGCACCCUCGCCCUCACUGGCCAGCUCCAAGGAAACGACAUUACGCCCGUUCCCGGUGCCAAAGAUAUUCCGGAGAGUAUCGUCCUCGAAAACCUCACGUAUCGGUUUACACACCCGAGCGUGCUUGACGCCAAGCUGGGCACGAGUUUACAUGGUCCCGAUGCGAGCGACGAGAAGAAGGCGCGCAUGAUCAAAAAAGCGGCCGAGACGACGACGGGGAAAGCUGGUCUGCGGCUAACGGGUGCAUCGACGUGGCACGCCUCGAGCCAAAGCUUCAUCAAGACGCCCCGUGGGUUCGGAUACAAUGCCAAGCUCGAAGACUUGCCUGAGGGAAUCCAGCGGUUCUUCCCCCUCCCCACGGAUGUGUUGCCCUUCCUCUCGGACGAUGGCGAGGCUGGGCCAGAGUACAAGGACCACGCGCUGCCUCCCCCCCUUGCCAAGCGUUUACUUGUCGAGUUGGACGCUGAGCUGGGUCGGCUGGAGGAGGUGUUGGGACAGAUUGAGCUGCGUGCCGUCGGCGCAUCGGUAUUAGUCGUGUACGAGGGCGAUGCGGACCGCCUCGCGGCGGCUUUUGGACGCUUUGACCGCCAACGCGUCACUCUUGCCGCCAAGAGCUUGAAUCCCGAGAACUCGGACGAUGAAGAUGAAGAUGAGGAGGACGAGGAGGAAGAGGAGAGCGAGUCGGACUCUGACGACGACGGGGCGGCGGCCGACGCACGCCGCGCAAACAAGUGUCCCCCGCUCGUUGUGCGGCUUAUUGACUUUGCGCACACUUGGUUAGAGGAGGGCGAGGGACCGGACCAAGGUGUCCUCCUCGGCCUGCGGACCCUGCGCGGGCUGGUGCAGGACCGCCGUGCCGCUGUCGAGGCGUACAUCGCGGCUCGUCCUUAG